GGCGGCGGCGGCGGCAUUGUGCGCGCACCAGCAGCCCGGCCCGGGAGGAGCAGGACGCGCCGGGGCCGCCUCCUCCCGCACGGACCCAUGAACCAGCCGGGCGGCGCGGCGGCUCCGCAGGCUGACGGAGCCAGUGCAGCUGGAAGGAAAAGCACCGCGAGCAGGGAGCGCUUGAAGCGCAGCCAGAAGAGCACCAAGGUGGAGGGACCAGAGCCCGCACCGGCCGAGGCCUCGCUGAGUGCCGAGCAGGGAACAAUGACGGAGGUGAAGGUGAAGACAGAGCUCCCUGAUGACUACAUCCAGGAGGUGAUCUGGCAGGGGGAGGCCAAGGAGGAGAAGAAGGCGGUCAGCAAGGAUGGCACAGGUGAUGUGCCGGCUGAGAUCUGCGUGGUGAUCGGUGGUGUCCGCAACCAGCAGACCCUUGGAUCCUACGAGUGUGGAAUCUGUGGCAAGAAGUACAAGUAUUACAACUGUUUCCAGACCCACGUACGGGCACACCGAGACACCGAAGCCACCUCAGGGGAGGGAGCCUCCCAAGGCAACAAUUUCAGGUACACGUGUGACAUCUGUGGGAAAAAGUAUAAGUACUACAGCUGUUUCCAGGAGCACCGGGACCUGCACGCUGUGGAUGUGUUUAGUGUGGAAGGGGCCCCCGAGAAUCGGGCAGACCCCUUCGACCAAGGUGUUGUGGCCACUGACGAGGUGAAGGAGGAACCCCCGGAACCAUUCCAGAAAAUCGGGCCAAUGAACAAUAUUACAUCAGAAAUUUUUAAGAAGAAAGAAGUUAGGCAGUGCCAAAAGAGAGAAACUGGCAAUUACACCUGUGAAUUCUGCGGAAAGCAGUACAAGUACUACACACCCUACCAGGAGCACGUGGCCUUACACGCCCCCAUCAGUACUGCCCCCGGGUGGGAGCCACCGGACGAUCCAGACACGGGCUCUGAGUGUUCGCAUCCGGAGGUCUCCCCGUCUCCACGCUUCGUGGCAGCGAAGACCCAGACGAACCAGUCGGGGAAAAAGGCUCCGGCCUCCGUGGUCCGAUGCGCCACCCUCUUACACCGCACCCCUCCAGCCACCCAAACCCAGACGUUCCGCACUCCAAACUCGGGAUCUCCAGCAAGCAAGGCGACCGCAGCAGAAAGCGCUUUCAGUCGGAGAGUAGAAGGCAAAGCACAAAACCACUUUGAGGAGACAAAUAGCAGUUCCCAAAACUCCAGCGAAACUGCAAGUCCCCUGAUUUCCAAUCCUUUCCCUCUCCUACAGAAACCGUACACCUGCGGCGCCUGUGGGAUCCAGUUCCAGUUCUACAACAAUCUGCUGGAGCACAUGCAGUCCCAUGCAGCGGACAACGAGAACAACAUUGCCUCCAACCAGUCCCGAUCGCCGCCUGCUGUUGUGGAAGAGAAGUGGAAACCCCAAGCCCAGAGGAACAGUGCCAACAACACCAUGACCAGUGGUUUAACACCCAACAGCAUGAUCCCCGAGAAGGAGCGGCAGAAUAUCGCAGAGCGGCUGCUGAGGGUCAUGUGCGCCGACCUGGGCGCGCUGAGCGUGGUGAGUGGGAAGGAGUUCCUGAAACUGGCCCAGACGCUGGUGGACAGCGGCGCCCGCUACGGGGCCUUCUCCGUCACGGAGAUCCUGGGCAACUUCAACACACUGGCGCUGAAGCACCUGCCGCGCAUGUACAACCAGGUGAAGGUGAAGGUGACGUGUGCCUUGGGCAGCAACGCCUGUCUGGGUAUCGGUGUCACCUGCCACUCGCAGAGCGUCGGCCCCGACUCGUGCUACAUCCUCACGGCCUACCAAGCCGAGGGCAACCACAUCAAGAGCUACGUGCUGGGCGUGAAGGGUGCGGACAUCCGCGACAGCGGCGACCUGGUGCACCACUGGGUGCAGAACGUGCUGUCGGAGUUCGUGAUGUCGGAGAUCAGGACCGUGUACGUGACGGACUGCCGGGUGAGCGCGUCGGCCUUCUCCAAGGCCGGCAUGUGCCUUCGCUGCUCAGCCUGUGCCUUGAACUCGGUGGUGCAGAGCGUGCUGAGCAAGCGGACGCUGCAGGCCCGCAGCAUGCACGAGGUCAUCGAGCUGCUCAACGUGUGUGAGGACCUGGCGGGCUCCACGGGCCUGGCCAAGGAGACCUUCGGCUCGCUGGAGGAGACCUCGCCGCCGCCCUGCUGGAACUCGGUCACGGACUCGCUGCUGCUGGUGCACGAGCGCUACGAGCAGAUCUGUGAGUUCUACAGCCGCGCCAAGAAGAUGAACCUCAUCCAGAGCCUCAACAAGCACCUGCUCAGCAAUCUGGCGGCCAUCCUGACGCCCGUCAAGCAGGCGGUCAUCGAGCUGAGCAAUGAGAGCCAGCCCACCCUGCAGCUGGUGCUGCCUACCUACGUCAGGCUGGAGAAGCUGUUCACGGCCAAGGCCAACGACGCGGGCACCGUCAGCAAGCUGUGCCACCUUUUCCUGGAGGCCCUCAAGGAGAACUUCAAGGUGCACCCGGCACAUAAGGUGGCCAUGAUCCUGGACCCGCAGCAGAAGCUGCGGCCUGUGCCGCCCUACCAGCACGAGGAGAUCAUCGGCAAGGUGUGUGAGCUCAUCAACGAGGUGAAGGAGUCCUGGACCGAGGAGGCUGACUUCGAGCCCGCCGCCAAGAAGCCCCGCUCCGCCACGGGCGAGCACCCCGCAGCUCAGGAAGACGAUCGGCUCGGGAAGAACGAAGUGUACGAUUACCUGCAGGAGCCCCUCUUCCAGGCUACCCCUGAUCUCUUCCAGUACUGGUCGUGCGUUACCCAAAAGCACACGAAACUCGCCAAGCUGGCCUUCUGGCUGCUCGCGGUUCCGGCCGUGGGGGCCAGGAGCGGGUGUGUAAAUAUGUGUGAGCAAGCCCUUCUGAUCAAAAGGAGGCGGCUGCUCAGUCCAGAAGAUAUGAACAAACUCAUGUUUCUGAAAUCCAACAUGCUUUAAGACUUCGGAACGGUAAGAAGGAAGAAAAGAAAGAGAAAGAGAAGAGAAACAUUAGGAAAAAAAACCACACACACACACAACACUGUCGCAAACAAAGAAAAAGGAAUUUAAGUUCUAAACACUGUGGACCUCAUUAUAAAUGCCCCCCCUGGAAACUUAAGUGCUUUUUCAGUGUGUGUGUGCAUGUGGCGUGCGGACGCGUCCAGGCGUGUGUGCCGUGGGUGUGCGGUGCAGGGGCCCUGUGCCCGCCCGCGUGGCCCCCGCAGCCUCGCGCACGCAUGCACACACACACACAGCCCUGGUGCGUGUGCACACGCCAGCUCGUGGGCGCCUGUGCAUUGAACUGGGUGUGUCAGGAAAGCUGAGUGGGGAAGAGGGAAGACACUUCACCUCCUUUUCUCAGUGAGGGGGCUUAAAAGACUCCGUUUUCAGGUGUGCAGAUUGGUAGAAAGCUGAUGUAAAACGUUCAGGCAGCUGAGAUCUGAAGUGACUUGAUGCUCUCUGUCCUUGACCCCGUGGCCGCCCCCCCCUUCUGCCCCCUCCAUCCCCCUCCCCCAAGCCCUCCUGACCCUCCCACACCCACCCUCUCCCCGGCUGCUCUGCCAUGGAUUCUCCAAACUGCAUCAGAUGGACCGUGUCUGCACUGGACUUUGUUCUCGUUCACCUUCAGGGCAUUGAGCUGUUGCCUCCGAGAUACCCUUGGGGGGGGUCCCGAGGCAGCCGCCUUAGAAACACACCUAUCUAUCUCCCCAGAUCAGGAAAGGAGACUUUAAGAAUAUAAAGCUGACUUUUGCUUUUUAAUAUAAGAUAGAAGAAAAAAAGACAUUUUUUAAAGAAGUAUAGAUACUGUCUCCACUCCUUAAUUUUCUUUCCUAACAUUUUAGCAGUUUUUACCUUUUUUUUUUUUUCUUCCAAAUUUGAUUUUAGACUCUGCUAGGAGGCACUGAAUGUCUAUAACUUAUGUUUUGGAGGUUUUGUUUUUUGUUUUUUUUUUUUUUUUCCAGUUGCCCUUUUUGUUCCUCAAAUCACACUGUAAACUAGCUCAUCUCAGUGGUAUCUUGAGUAUGCUAAGGUUUUUAUUAGCCCUCCCUGUACAGUCCCAUGUUCGUGUAUUCGAACAGCCAAGACCACAAACUUGGCUUUGCUGUUUGGAAACCAGGAGUGGGGCUGGAGACCAGGUUUCACAGAUGGGGGUUCGGCGGAAGCCAUAGGGAAGCAUGUGGCUUAGGAGUCCUGAAUGUGCGUGGAAGACGCGCCCUCCGGGUUCGCUGUGUCUGGCACCGCGAGUGUCUCACUUCUCUACCCAGAGUGCAUUACACUACUCGCCACGUCACUGACACGUGCAGCUCAGCGGGGACUCCCGAGUCCACCCGUGUUCACGUCUGUCGCGCCUCAGCCCCACGGCCCCUCCCCCCUCCCCGGGGCCCCAGGGGUUCCACUGGUGCCAUUGCUCACGGCCCUGGGGGUCCCCACGUGAGCCUCGGGCCUCCUUCCAGGACGGCAGUUGAGCGUGGUGCCUUGGGGGCCAAAUGGUGGCUGUCUUGAGGGUGGAGUGGCAUCAGGCCACAUUUAACUUGAGGCCGUGAAAACUCGCUUUUCUCUCCUGAGCAGCUUAGGUUCCACAUGCUCAGUCCAAAUGCCAAGAGCAUGGCCCCUUUGCCCCCGCAAGAGGUGGUUCUGUCAGGGUCAGCACUCCACCCCCACUCCCACCCCCAUGAGUCAUGUGCUGGUGGCCUCCUGGCCCCUCGGUGGCCGUGGCUGUGGGAUAGAUGGCUACACUGAGGGCUUCAGGCUAAGAAUGACCGCCAUCAUGGAGGGCUCUUUGCAAAGGCACGUUUCACCAUCUUGAGGGUUGACUAAGUCCACUCCAUCCCUUCCUGGUAAUAAAGCAUUACUUAGCAGUGAGAUACCUCGACUCCACAAAGCACUGUACAACAGCCCCCUCCCCGGGUCCGUAGCAGAUCGGAAAGUCAAGUUGGUUUAAAAACUCGAGAAGGCUUAGGAUCGUAGACCAGAACGGUGUCCCUGGGGGCCAGGCCUGCUCAUGUCGCCUCAUGAGCACUAACCCAGCUUCUCCCUCCGAGUCUUGGACAUACUGAAAUGCAUCAGAAUGGGCCGUUCGCACCGACGCUCCAGCACGCGGUGGUCUCAGGAACCAGUGUGCCGUUGCCUCUCCUGGAGAAGUUCUAGGUAUUUCCCCCACAUUUCCAGCCGGGGUCACACCACCAGAAGAGCCUCCAUCUGCACUGGACAGUCACCUCAUGUCACUUUCUAGAGAGCGUGGGAGCAUCAACGAACAUUUUGAUCCGACCUUUGGGGACAUUCCAGAAGGCUGCAGGGCUGCUGAGGGACAGGUGCCCGCGGCAAAAGGCCCCUCCAGUUGUGCUUUGCUGCUGGGGAAGGGUCCACGACUUGGCACUUUCCACCCCACAGGGAGGACCAGAGCUGCUCACCUUGUGCGGCUGGUGGGAGCAGAGCCUUGGAGUCCAUCGUCCCUCUACUGAGAGCAGAGCUGUUCUGCGUUGCCCCAUUUUCGGGCCAGACAUUUCACUUUGUCACAAAGCCAUCAGAGACCGAGCCCAGGUCCGCAUUCUCUUUGGAACCCGGGGCUGCCCUCCAGAAUGAAAGUCUGCGUAAGUCUAGUUAACUACAUUCUAGGUGUCGUAUGUGUCACCCCUGUUCUGUUCUUCCUUCCCGCCUCCGUUCAACCCUUCGAGCUUGGCUCACUCUGCAGGGUUAAGACAGAUGCCGCUAGGCGCUCUGAAGGCUGUCUCCGUCCUGGGGCUGCCUCAUCCAGAUCCGGUAACAAGGUGGCAGGUAGUUCUUUGCCUCUCGCAGCUGCUGGCUCCCCCCGAAACUGGUGUCACCAACAGGAAAGGCUGUAUCAGGGUGCCCCUUCGGUCUGCUUCCUCACACAGGCAGGUCCCAUAGUGCAAAUCUUGCUGCAGCGAACAGCUUCGGAAAACCCAAAGAUCUGACAGAUCCAGCCCCUGGCCCCUCAUUUCCAGCAAUAUCCACCUAUCCAAAUCCUAGUUUAGCCAAAGGAUUGAGGUGGACUCUUUCAGUUCAUCUCCCUGGACCUCCCCUGGCACUGACCUUGAGAAAGAUUUUUGUCUUCUGCUCGCCCUGGUCUGUGACCACUAUGGGACUCUCCCCCACAGGCCCUCGGUUGCUGGCAGGCCAGGAAAUAGGGCCAUUUCUGUCAUGUUCUCGGCAGCUCAGUGUGGUCUUCUGCUGACUUGGACACAACUUGCCUCAAGCCAUGUGAUUCCCAGGACAGACGUGGUCCUGUUUGACAUACGUGGCCCCCAGAGGGGAGGUGGAGAGAGCGCACCUCCGUCCUGCAGGGUGUUCCCCCCUCAUCGGACGCCCACGCCAAGGACUGCAGCCUCGUGAGUGGUCGAUCUGAGUAGCCUGGGCAUGGAUGCUCCUGUCCCAACACCGGUCUCCCUCCCUGUGCCUAGACCCACCGGGCAGGCCUCAGAUGGUGGUUAGAAACUAGGAAACAAAAUGGAAGGGCCACCCGAGCAAAGCUGCUGCCGGAUCCCCGAGCAGGUGCCACCAACCCACCUGACAGCCUCGGGCUUGGUGUUCGGGGAAUGGCUGUCCGUGGGAAAAGGGUACAGAGGUUUCCUGGAGAGGAGAGAACGGUCUGAGGAAGGACUUUCUUUUUACACGUCCGUAAGCCGGCGAGUGUUCUCCCCUUGAGCUCCCUCCUUUAUUUCCUGCACUUUGAAGAAACACCAGGGAAGAACUCUGCGAGGCGUGUUUUCCACUGUGAAGCCAAACCUCUGCCUUUGGGAGUCCCCUGUGCUCGCCCGAGGCCACCUGCUUUGGCCCGGACUCGGACUCGACUCCCCGGCGAGGGGGCACCCGGAGAGCCGUCGGGUACAGCACGCACUCUCGGGGCCCACACGUUCCCCGGAAAGGUUGAAAUGAAGCUGGGUUGCGGAUGGAGGAGGGAGGCCCUGUGAACGGCAGCCCUGAAGGGGACGGUGCCUGGAUGCCGUGGUCACGGUGGACGUGCUCGCAGGGACGGGAAGAGGAGGUGCACGGGCAUGGCGGGCGGCCACCUCCUGCCCCGUUGAGCUGGGGUGAGUUCAUAGCUUUGCCCUCAGCCCUGAGAACGUGGGUGGCAGCGCUCGUUUGCCUGGGAUGUACCUGAUGGGGAGCUGCUAGAAAGGCUGCUGGCUUAGAACAGAGAGGCCGAGUUACGGCUCGGGCUGUGCCCUGGAGACGGGAGGCGGGGGGGCUCCUGUCUCAGCCCUGCCAGCGCCACCCCGGCCCCCGUGUCCCGCGGCCUGCCCCUCUCUCCACUGUGGCUAAUGUUUGCUAGGCCAGUUAUGGUGAACCAAUGAUAAGAGUGGUGUUUUCCUCUUACGUUUCCCUCCUCGGUUCCCCUGUUCGGGGCUUUCUGCAGGUUUUGUCGUCGUCUUGUUUCUCUUCCUCUCUCAUCUGGGUUUGGGGAUCGUGGUCAGUAGAGGCCUGCCUUUUCCCUGGAGGGGCCCUGUGGCUUCUCUGUGAGGACACACGUCCCCACCGCCACCACAGGUGUCGCUUUCGAGAUCCAACUCCUGUACAGAGAAGGAUUUGCUAGGUCUGCAGUUGGGCGUCAGCAUCAGGACCCACGGGGGCCCUAUCCACCCGCGCGUCCCCACCGGGUACCUUGACUCUUCGAACCAAAGUUCCUUAAAGGGGCACAGCCCAGCCUUGUCCGCAACCUCAGGGGCCUGGGAUCCCUGUGGCGCUUCCUGAUGUCCAGGUCGGCAGAGACCGCGGGGUCUGAGACCAGCCGGAAGGAAGCCUCCUCCCACAACCCAGGUGCCAGCCGGUCCCCGCCUGGGGCCCUCACUCCCGCCCCGCCAGGGUGGCCGGGUUCCCAGGUGGUGAGCCAGCUCGUGGACUGGCGUGGGGCUGGGACUCGCCAGCCAGGAGAGACAGGACCCGCCGGUCAGCGCAUCCGGGGCCAUUCAGAUCCCAAGCAUCAGGAAAUCAUUUUGUACAACCACCUGAAGCAGAGAUAUUUUUUAAAAAGCGUAAAUUAUUUUCAGUUGUUUUCUGAUCCUACCUUUUUCUCCCCCCCUCCCCCCCCCCCCCCCCCCCACAAACUUCACAUCAGUGAUUCUUUCACAUCAGGUAAAUCUUGAGAAAGCCUUGGUACCCCUCCCUCCGCGUCCCGCUCAGUAACCACGUGCGUGCACCCCCCCAUCCUUUCUCAGUAGUUAAGACGUUCUAGGCAAUACCAUAGGCACAUCUGACUGUGUCUCUCUCUCCGAGUGCAAGAAACUCAAGUCAUCUUAAAAAAAAAAAAAAUACAAAAAAAAAUUUACAAAAAAAACAAACACAAAAAAAAUAUCUUUUUUAGGCCAGAGUUUUCUACAGGUAUUAAUGAAUAUUUUUCUUAAUCCUUAUAAGUUUUAUGUGUUUAAUAUUUCUUAAUACCGGUAGCAUUAAUUUAUACUUUUGUAGCAACACAAUAUUUUUAUAAACAGCCAGUGCUUGGCUCCAGUCUCCACGAGGGGUUUAUGCAGGGGCCAUCUUGGGGCCCUGUGUACCAUGUACUGUAUUUAAAAAGUUACCUAGUGUCACCCUUGCUGUGUUAAUUAACAAGACGUUGUUUGCGGUCUCCUGUGUCGUUGGUGUGGAUCCAACAGCUCUCCAAGGAGUCACGUUGCAUGGGGGUUGAGUUGACGGUUCUUGUGAUCUGUAAACCCCCGAGACCAAACUUGAGGGUUUAUUUAGGGUUUUCUGUUUGUCCUUUGGGUUUUUCCGUUUCACUUUGUUUUGGUACCGUAUCUCCAUUUAACAGCCAAAUCAGUUUCGUGAUGUUUAAAAACUUUUUCUGAUGUCAAAUGGAGGAAAGGAACAGAAAAAAAAAAAAAAAAAGAUUUUUACAGAGUAAUAAAAUUUAAAACUGAGCUGUUUAAAUGUUGCUGUUUUUACCUGUCUGUUCUUGUCCAAAAGUGGGACAUUCCCAGGAAGAAGAGGAAGGUUCCACUCGGUUCCUUAAAUCACCAAAAGCCCUAGCCCAGAAUUCACCCCCCACCCCCCGAAUUCUUGCAACAUUAUUUCCCAGUUGGUUGAUGCCAAGGCAAAAAGACAUCCUUUUAAUGGUUAGAGAGGAUCAGUUACUUAAAUGAUUUCAUGUCAGUGUUGUAUUUAUGGUUUUACAAUAAAACAACCUUU